GCCGGCGGCGACGGCGGCGAACCCGAGAGCGAGGCAGGCAAUGGCUGAGGGGGGUCCCGUUCUGGACCGGGUCCUGCAGUUCUUGCUCGCCCAGGGGGGACGCGUGAGGGACGGCGAACUCACCGAGAGGUUCCGGGGCUUCCUGGAGGAGGGGGACCCCGCCAAGAGAGCGGAGCGCUGCGCGGAGUGGAAGGCGGCGCUCAAGGCCUGUGCCGUCGUCAAGCAAGACAAGGGUGCACGGUUCCUGGUGCUGAAGAAGAAGUUCCGUCACCUGCUGGGUGGCGAUGCGGCCGCGGGAACCCAGGGGUCGGGAGGAGGGGAGGAGGGGGAGGAGGGCGAGCGCGGAGGAUCGUCCCUCACAGUGGAGGCACAGCCCCACGUCCACGAUGGAGAGGAGGAGGAGCAGCAGCAGCAGCAAGAGGAGGUGAAGAAGAUGGACGAGGAGGAGGAGGAGGCAGGGCCGUCGGGCGAUGGUGCCGAGCCGCCGGAGGUGGAGGUGAAGGGACGUGGCAAGGAGGUGGAGGAGGCGAUGGAGGUGGAGGAGAAACAGGAGGUGGAGGAGGUGGACAAGGAGGAGGACGUCGUGGAGGCCCAGGAGAUGUGUGAGCAGGAGGCUCCGGCUGAGUCUCGUGGCGCUGACCCCGAGGCCUCGUUGUCGUCGUCAUCCGAGGGUGGCAGGGUGGAGGAUGGGGGCGGGGAGGAUGCACGGGGCCCCCCCAUUGGGGGGCAUGAGCCGGUGUCUGCGAGCAGCGAGACGAUCUCUGAGCAGAGUGAGCAGCUCCAGUCCAUGUGCUCUCGGGCCGAGACGGAGCAAGAGGAUAUGGGGAGCAUCACCGCGUCGUCCGUGACGUCCCUGUUUGUGCACAUGCAGCUGGAGCCGCUGGAGAGGAAGUGGAUGCGGGGGGCAGCCGUGGGGUGCGCCGACACGCUGAGGCAGCUGCUGGCGCAGGACCCGAGCCUCGCCUCGCACAGGGUAAAGGCCCACUGAGCUAGACAGCUCUAUUUCAGAAGUGACCUGGUGACAAAAGAUCGCUCAACGAAGUGGCUUAUCUUGUGGAAAUAAGCAACAGGCCAAAUACUCUAACCGCCUGAUUCUAAAUAUCGAGGGAGAAAAAUCUACGUGACCACGGGGAGAAACACGCCAACUCCGUGGUAUCAUCGCUCUCAAAGAGAGAGAACGGCAGGGCGUGGUGCUGGCCACCUACCCCUUCGUGUGCCGUGCCGGCCUUCACGGGUGCUACUCGCUAACAGCACUUGCCCCAACAGUC